AUGGAAAUGACUGUAGAUCUAACAUCAUCUUUAUUUAGGGAUAUUGAAAGUCUUUAUAAGAGGAUUGAAAUAAUUGAUAAUGAUGAAGAUUGUGAUGUAACACUUAAAGUUAAGAGAAAUUAUUUUAAAGCACAUUCUUUUUUAUUAAAAGCAAGAUCAGAAUAUCUUCGUAAUCUUAUUGAAAAUGAUAGAUUACAAUCAAUAUUUAGAAGAAAUAUUACCAUUGAAAUUUCUAAUAUGUCUCCAGAUAUAUUUAAAACAUGUUUAAAUUAUAUUUAUACAGGAGAUAUUUCAUUAAAAGAAUAUGAUGAUAAUGAAUCAAUUUUUGAUUUAGUUAUUGGAGCCAAUAUUUUAAGUCUUAUUGAUAUGGUCGAUUAUCUUCAAAAUUAUCUUAUUAAAAAAAAAUCUUUUUGGAUCGAACAAAAUUUAAUUAGAAUUUAUCAAACUUCUUUAAAAAUUCAAAAUUUUAAAAUCUUAACAUCAUAUUGCGAAAAUCUUAUUAAACAAGAACCUAUAUUAUUAUUUGAAUCAGAAAAUCUAACAACUUUAGAGAAAAGAAAUUUAAUAAAUAUAAUUAAAUGGGAAGAUUUACCUAUAAAAGAGAUUAAAAUAUGGCGUGGUUUGGUUAAAUGGAUUAUUGGACAAAAACCUUCAAUGAAUGUUGUUACUAAUAAUUGGAAUGAUUCAGAUUUUAAAGAGUUUGAACGUCGUGGAAAAGAUUUUAUACCACAUAUAAGAUUUUUUUGUAUUACUUCAGAUGAAUAUUCUGAUGAUGUUCGUACUUUUAGAAAAAUAUUACCAAAAAAUUUGAUAGAAAAAUUAGAGGUAUUUUAUUUAAAAAAAACCCCACCUCCUUAUGAUGCACUUCCACCACGUAAAUUUGUUGAUACUAUAUUAAUAGAUAAAAUUCAAAUUAAACAUAUAUUACAUUGGAUUUAUGGAUAUAAUGAAUUUAAUGAGAAUAAUAUAUUAAAAUCAAAAAUUGAUUUUAAAUUAUUAGCGAGGGGAAGUAGGGAUGGUAUGGGACGUGCAGCAUUUCAUUCAUUAUGUGAUAAUAAAGGACCAACCCUAGUUAUAGCAACAAUUGAUAAAACAAAUGAUAUUAUUGGUGGAUAUAAUCCAAGUCCAUGGACUAGUUCAAAUCAAUGGAUAGUAACUUCCGAGAGUUUUAUAUUUUCAUUCAAAUCUAAGGAUGAAAAUAAUAAUGAUAUUAUUCUUAGUAGAAUAACGAAUCCAUCAGCUGCUAUUUGGGAUGGUGAUAAUGGUUAUGAUAUUGGGUUCAGUUCUGAUUUACAAUUAUUUAGCGGAGAAUAUAAUCAGAAAAAUUAUAAAAAUAGGAUUUUAGAUUAUGAAAUUUUUAAAAUUACAGAUUAUGAAGUUUUUCAGGUUGAUAAGAAUAUUUAA